AUGAAUUUGUUUGAGGUGGUUGAAGUAAAAAGUAUCUCUUGGAAGGAAGCUAGGGAACUGUUCUAUGAACAAGUGAGUAGAGACAUUCCACUGUCAGAUGUCAAGUCCUUUGCUGAAACUAUAGUUAAGGGCUGUGGUGGUUUGCCACUGCUGAUUAUUGUUACUGGAAGAGCCCUAGGAGAGAAAAAUGAUGUUUCCAUAUGGAAGGAUGCUUCAAAAAAAUUCUCACUGCAUAAAACUUCUAGAAAAUGUCAAAUUGAAGAUGUGCUCCAAUUAUUGAAAUUCAGCUUUGACGAACUAAGUGAUAAUGAUGUGAAGAGUUGUUUCCUCCACUGUGCUCUAUUUUCAGAAGCUCAGGAGGUCAGUAUAAAUAAAUUCAUAGAAUAUUGUAUACAAGAAGGUUUAAUCACUGGUGCUCAAGCUGAUGCACAUAGAAGGGGUCGUUAUAUAGUUGAUAUUCUUAUACAUGCUUCAUUUUUACAAGUUACUGAAGGUGGAAGUUCCAUCAAAAUGCAUGAUUUAAUCAGAGAUUUAGCAUUAGGAAUCAUAUCUUCAAUGCCAAAAGAUAUUCAGUUUCCGUUGGGAGCAGAAGGAAUUCAGUUUCUGUUGAGUGCUUAUUCAAGAUCAAUCGAACUACCUAAUGCGGGAGGUAGUUCAUCAUCAAGAUCAUUGAACAUCCUUGAAAGCAGUAGAUUGUGUAUACCAGAAGGUAAUCAAUUUCUGUUGAGAGUUGGAGCAGGUCUAACAGAACCUCCUUUGACGGAAGAGUGGAAACAGGCCAAAAUGAUGUUUUUGAGUGAUAAUGAGUUAUCCAUGUUACCUGAGAAACCAAAUUGCCCUGAACUUUUGGCAUUGUUCUUACAAAGAAACCGGUUGCUGAGAGUGAUACCUCCAUCCUUUUUUGACUGCAUGACCUCUCUCAAAGUGUUGAAUCUAUCUGAGACUAGAAUAAGGUCCCUGCCAGAGAGACUGUUUAAGCUUAAAAACCUCCUAAUUCUCAUUGUAUGUGAUUGUAAACGUCUGUUUAUGCUUCCCUCUGAUGUUGGAUCUCUUCUUUGUCUUGAGGUGCUUGAUCUCCGAGGUACUAAAAUUAAAGUUUUGCCUGAUAAGAUUGGUGAAUUGACAUCCCUGAAACGUUUGGCAGUGUCCUUCUAUGGAUCUAUCGAUGACAGUGAAUAUGUUAAAUUGCCAUGUCAUUUGAUUUUGAGUGGCAUUAUAUCAAAGUUGCGUAAUUUGGACACCUUGAGUAUUGUUCUUUAUCCAGGGGAUGAAAGGUGGCAUGAGGAUGUCAAAAAGCGAACCAUGGAAGAAGAGACUCUUAACGGAGUUAAUGUCAAGAGUAUUUCUUCUCAGGUCCCAGAGUAUUUGGAAUAUGAUUAUAAUCAGCAGGGUCAAUGCUUGAGAUUUGUAAAUGGUGAAAAGAAACCUGAUGAAGUUCUUCAAAUAUUAGCUCGCAGCACUGCUUUCUAUUUGGAUAAUCAUCUUGACAUUGAGAGCCUUUCCAACUUUGGUGUUGGCAAUAUCAAUGGGUUGAAGUUUUGUAUAAUAAGUGACUGCCCCAAGGUUAAAAUGGUUGUGCAUGUGGAUGAAGUGAAAAAAGAUACUAAUACUGUUUUUCCUUUCCUAGAGACCUUAAGUAUCCAUCAUUUGUGGAAUUUAACAGCUAUUUGGGAGGGGAUUCUACCAGAACGAAGUUUUGCUCAGUUAAGAAUUUUGUCACUGCAUGGAUGUCCAAAGAUGGAGUAUGUUUUUAGAAGUUCAAUGAUUCAGUAUCUCUGUAAAUUAGAGGAACUGAUUAUCGAAGAUUGUCAAGCCAUCGAACAAAUCAUAUUCGAUGAUGAGAUAACAGAUUCAUGUUCUGUUUCACUUCCCAGUUUGAAGAAGUUAACACUUCACUAUCUGCCUGGAUUGAUUACCAUUUCGAGUAGUCCCUGGCCGCAAUUAGAAUAUGUCAGCUUCUACUGUUGCCCAAACUUGAAGAAGAUUGAUGCUGAUUCCAGGUUCAAAGAUGUAAUAAUAAAGGCUGAGAAGAGUUGGCGGGAUGCGUUAGAGUGGGAAGAUGAUGAAUUGCGGUUGCACAUUGAAAACUACUCCACCAUUAUCUUUCAAGAUCAUCUGUAA